AUGGCGGCCGCCGCCGACGACUCAUCCGCCGUAACCAUCGAGCCCAGCUCGUUCGACGUGGUGGUCUGCGGCACGGGCCUCCCGGAAUCCAUCCUCGCCGCCGCCUGCGCCGCCGCCGGCAAGACGGUCCUCCACGUCGACCCCAACCCCUUCUACGGCUCCCACUUCUCCUCCUCCGUCCCGCCCCACGCCCUCCCGUCAUUCCUCCUCUCCUCCGCAUCUCCCCCCUCCACGCACUCCUCCGACGCCGGCGUUGUCCCUCUCCAAAGCCGGAGCAGUCUGUACUCCGACAUAGAGACAUUGGGGUCAGUCCCCUCGGAGGGCAGCUUCGCUGUUGAUCUGGUGGGCCCCAGACUGCUCUACUGCGCCGGCGUGGCCGUUGACCUCCUUCACCGUUCAGGGGGCAGCCACCACGUGGAGUUCAAGAGCGUCGACCUCCUCUACUGGGAUCAUGGCGAUCUCUUCCCAGUUCCAGCCUCAAGGGAGGACAUCUUUAACACCAAACUAUCCGAGGACGCCAAAGUUGGCUUAGUCGAAAAAACUCGCCUCUCCGCCUUCGUCAGGCUUGUAAAGUCACACAUCGCAGCACAGGAGACGGAAGAAGGCAAAGCUUCCAUACCCGAGGAAGACUUGGAUCUCCCCUUCCUUGAGUUCCUCAAGAAACAGAAGCUUACGCCCAAGAUGAUAGGGGUUGUGUUGUAUGCAAUCGCGAUGGCGGAUUAUGACCAAGAAGAUGCUGCUGCAGACUCGUGUAAAACAUUGCUAACAACCAGAGAUGGAAUGAAGACCAUAGCUCUUCAUUUCAAGUCCAUUGGGAGGUUUGCUAAUGCAAAAGGUGCUUUCAUCUAUCCUAUGCAUGGCCAUGGUGAGCUGCCUCAAGCUUUCUGUCGUUUCGCUGCUGUUAAGGGUGCCCUAUAUGUGUUGCGGAUGCCUGUCACUGCCCUUCUUAUGGAUAAGGAAAAACAACGUUAUAUCGGCACAAGGUUGGCAACUGGUCAAGAUAUUCUGUGCCAGCAGUUGAUACUCGAUCCGUCAUACAAAACUCCUUCCUUGGAUUUGCCAUCGGGCUCUUCAGACCCAAACUCACCAAGAAAAGUUGCUCGCGGAAUAUGCAUAACUAAAAAGUCUGUGAAACAGAAUUCGUCGAAUGUUCUGGUUGUUUUCCCCCCAAAAUCACUACAAGAGCAGCAGGUUGCAACUCUUCGGGUGCUUCAGUUGAGCAGCAAUGUAGCAAUAUGCCCUGCUGGAAUGUUCAUUGCACAUCUGUCUAUUCCAUGUGUUGAUGCCCACAUAGGAAAACUCUGCAUAAACAAAGCAAUAGAGGUUCUUUUCGGUUCCCAAAAUUCAGAUGGUUCAGAAGGCCAUUCAGAGAAAACCAGAGAAGACAACGAUGAUGCAAAGCAAGGUCUAAUAUGGAAGUGUGUUUAUGUUCAGGAGAUCACACAGGCAAAACCCGGUCCUAUAUUAUCCUGCCCAAUGCCUGAUGAAUAUCUUGACUACAGAAAUAUACUGGAAUCAACAGAAAAGUUAUUUACGGAAAUCUAUCCCAACGGAGAAUUCCUGCCUAGAAAUUCAGCUCCUCAACAUGAAGAUGACGAUUCUGAUUCCGCAGAGUGAAACCAUUUGUUAUUCUUGAAGGAAUCAACUUAGAUUUCAGGUGUAGAAACUACAACUAACUAAGCACAGUGGAAAGCUAUGCAAGCAGAAUUCUUUGGUUGCGGAGGGUUUGGAUGCAUUCAUGUCAAUGAGCAAAAGGAGGAUUGGUAAACCAUAUUGUACAUGAGUCCCUCACUAGUAGCUAAGGGAGAUAAAAACUUGCUUAGUUUGCAACCUGUUCAACACUGAUGCGUCUCCAUGU